AUGGAGCUGGUGGUGACGCUGCCGACGGAGGUCUUCCGCUGCCGGAUUUGCUUCGUCACCAAGGCUGCCGGCAGGCCAACCUUUGGCGAGUAUAAGGACCACUCGGCCCUUCUCCUCCAAUACAGAAGGCUGCACGACCCGGAAAAGACUCCCGUUUUCGAGUGCGAGUUUUGCGGCCGACGCGACCCGCGGCUGAAGAUGAAAGCGGCCAUCAGCGGAUCUGCAAUGCAGCAUCCGCUACCCCUGGCGAUGCCGGUCGGGGGAGACAGCGUGGUGGGCUCACAGGCUGCCUUGCCCUCGCCUUGUGUGAGUGUGCAGACGUCUGCGACAUCCAGGACGGCAGUGGUUGCUGCCCCCGCGUCGUGCGAGCCGUUGUGUGCGCACGCCGCGGUAUCUGCCAUCCCCCUGUCGAUACGCUCUGCGACGUCAGCCGCGUCGCCACGAGUGCCGAGCGCAGUUCGGGAGAUGAAGGCAGCACGCUGCCGACGCCUGCCACCGAACGCGUCGCUCCGCCCCCUCCUCUCUGUGUCAACCUCCUCCUCCAGCUCCCUCCUCCAUGUGUCAACCUCCUCCUCCAGCACCCUCCUCCCUCUGUCAACCUCCUCCUCCAGCACCCUCCUCCCUCUGUCAACCUCCUCCUCCAGCACCCUCCUCCCUCUGUCCGUCUCGUCGUCCUCCUACUGCCCCCUCUUCCCUCUGUCCGUCUCGUCGUCCUCCUACUGCCCCCUCUUCCCUCUGUCCGUCUCGUCGUCCUCCUACUGCCCCCUCUUCCCUCUGUCCGUCUCGUCGUCCUCCUACUGCCCCCUCCUCCCUCUGUCCGUCUGGUUGUCCUCCUACUGCCCCCUCCUUCCUCUGUCCGUCUGGUCGUCCUCCUACUGCCCCCUCCUCCCUCUGUCCGUCUGGUCGUCCUCCUACUGCCCCCUCCUCCCUCUGUCCGUCUGGUCGUCCUCCUACUGCCCCCUCCUCCCUCUGUCCAUCUGGUCCUCCUCCUACUGCCCCCUCCUACCUCUGUCCGUCUACUCGUCCUCCUACUGCCCCCUCCUCCCUCUGUCCGUCUACUCGUCCUCCUACUGCCCCCUCCUCCCUCUGUCCGUCUACUCGUCCUCCUACUGCCCCCUUCUCCCUCUGUCCGUCUACUCGUCCUCCUACUGCCCCCUUCUCCCUCUGUCCGUCUACUCGUCCUCCUACUGCCCCCUUCUCCCUCUGUCCCCCUCCUCCCUCUGUCCGCCUAUACUCGUCCUCCUACUGCCCCCUCCUCCCUCUGUCCGCCUAUACUCGUCCUCCUACUGCCCCCUCCUCCCUCUGUCCGUCUACUCGUCCUCCUACUGCCCCCUCCUCCCUCUGUCCGUCUACUCGUCCUCCUACUGCCCCCUCCUCCCUCUGUCCGUCUACUCGUCCUCCUACUGCCCCCUCCUCCCUCUGUCCGUCUACUCGUCCUACUACUGCCCCCUUCUCCCUCUGUCCGUCUACUCGUCCUCCUACUGCCCCCUCCUCCCUCUGUCCGUCUACUCGUCCUCCUACUGCCCCCUCCUCCCUCAGUCCGUCUACUCGUCGUCCUACUGCCCCCUCCUCCCUCUGUCCGUCUACUCGUCGUCCUACUGCCCCCUCUUCCCUCUGUCCGUCUGCUCGUCGUCCUACUGCCCCCUCUUCCCUCUGUCCGUCUGCUCGUCGUCCUACUGUCCCCUCCUCCCUCUGUCCGUCUGCUCGUCGUCCUACUGCCCCCUCCUCCCUCUGUCCGUCUGCUCGUCGUCCUACUGCCCCCUCCUCCCUCUGUCCGUCUGCUCGUCGUCCUACUGCCCCCUCCUCCCUCUGUCCGUCUGCUCGUCGUCCUACUGCCCCCUCCUCCCGCUGCCCGUCUCCUCGUCGUCCUACUGCCCCCUCCUCCCGCUGCCCGUCUCCUCGUCCUCCUACUGCCCCCUCCUCCCGCUGCCCGUCUCCUCGUCCUCCUACUGCCCCCUCCUCCCGCUGCCCGUCUCCUCGUCCUCCUACUGCCCCCUCCUCCCGCUGCCCGUCUCAUCGUCCUCCUACUGCCCCCUCCUCCCGCUGCCCGUCUCCUCGUCCUCCUACUGCCCCCUCCUCCCGCUGCCCGUCUCCUCGUCCUCCUACUGCCCCCUCCUCCCGCUGCCCGUCUCCUCGUCCUCCUACUGCCCCCUCCUCCCGCUGCCCGUCUCCUCGUCCUCCUACUGCCCCCUCCUCCCGCUGCCGUCUCCUCGUCCUCCUACUGCCCCCUCCUCCCGCUGCCCGUCUCCUCGUCCUCCUACUGCCCCCUCCUCCCGCUGCCCGUCUCCUCGUCCUCCUACUGCCCCCUCCUCCCGCUGCCCGUCUCCUCGUCCUCCUACUGCCCCCUCCUCCCGCUGCCCGUCUCCUCGUCCUCCUACUGCCACCUCCUCCCGCUGCCCGUCUCCUCGUCCUCCUACAGCCACCUACUCCCGCUGUCCGUCUCGUCGUCCUCCUACUGCCACCUACUCCCGCUGUCCGUCGCCUCGUCCACCUACUGCUCCUUCCUCCCUCUGUCCGUAUCCUCGUCCACCUACUGCCCCCUCCUCCCUCUGUCCGUCUCGUCGUCCUCCUACUGCCCCCUCCUCCUCACUCUGUCCACCUCCUCCUCCUCCUCCUCACUCUGAAUCAAUAACAGACCUGGAGAACCAUAUUACUUCAAUGCAAAAUGAGGUUAAAAGUGCUGAACAAAUUGAAUUCCCAAAAAGAGCAGAAGUACAGGAACUUGAGGCUUCUGUUGAUGCUAAGGAGAGAACAAUUAAGGCAUACAAAGCAAAGAAUCCCAGUAUAAUUAAAAAAGUAGGCACUUUUCUUAAGUAA